AAAGAUUUUGUAUGGUUAUAAAAUGGUAUAAUACAUGUGUAUGAUAUAAUCGAAGCCAUGCGGUCGAACAGUGCACUCGCGUUCCUCUUGCUUCUCACUGCUUGGGGAAAUGUCGCUUCUGGGCUGCAGAGACCUGGCAGUCCAAUAGACCAAGAUCCUAGUGAUCCUGUUUACAGAGACCUAGCAACGGAGUCACUAACAGUUUAUAUGAAAGAACAUGGUUUAACAUUAACUCAACCUCAUGAAGUCACAGAAGUUACAAAGGUAACCACGCAAGUCGUAUCCGGAAUAAUUACCAGAAUAGACUUCAACGCUUUAUUAGACUUUAUGCCUGUCACCUGCCAUUCAGAAAUCUUAGAAAGGCCCUGGCUAAAUGUUAAAGCUUAUACUGUGACUUGUGACUAUACAAAUCAUGACCGUAAAGUCCGUAGUAUUCCUGGUGGUCAAAACGUAGAAAAUGUAAAUGACCCACUUUAUAUCGAGCUGGCGGAAGAAUCGUUGAAUAAAUACGUAGUGGACCACGGUUUAACUCAAUCUCAUAGUGUUGUACAAGUGAAAAGAGCGACAAAGCAAGUAGUAGCCGGUCUUAUUUACAGAAUAGAAUUUGAUGCUUUAUUAGGCUCGAGACCUAUGACUUGUAACUCAGAAAUCUUGGAACAGGCUUGGAUGAACGUCAGAGAUAUCAAAGUCAAUUGUGUAUCUCAAUCGCCGAUUGUUGGUGGUCUAGUGGAAAAAGACGUAAAUGAUCCUGUUUACAUCCAGUUGGCAUUGAAGUCAUUGCAAAAAUACAAACAAGAAAAAGGCAUUUCUCAAUGCGACAAACUUUUACGUAUCUUAAAAGUAACUGAGCAAGUUGUAUCUGGUACAUUGAUUAGAAUUGACUUUGAAGCGACGUUGACGUACACAGGCGAUGUCUUAUGCCAUUCAGAAAUCUGGCAGCAACCCUGGUUACAUAAAGAAGAAAUCAAAGUAAAUUGUGUAAACAAAGCAUACUGAUUUUGAACCAUCCAAAUCAAAUUUCAAAAAUUCUAAAUUCCGAAAAAAAAAAUGGACUUAGAGUCUUCUUGAGCUUGGCCAUGUUGAAUUUUAAUUCAUUAAAAAACUAUAUUAUGAUGUAAUUUACAUUAUGAUAUUAAAAAAAAAUAACCCUU